AAGUACAUAUUCCACAUGUUAAAAAGAGACUCCAUCUGGAUACAAGCUGUACACGACCGAAGGCAGAGGACCCGUGGCCCAUGGAGCAAAUCUUCGAACUGUCUCCGUCCACCUCCCGCCUUGAUUUGUGACCCUAGACCCUUUGGGACUCAUCUGACCCAGCUAGCCAGAUCCCGGACCCAAACCACGUUCCCCGUGAAGGUGGAGAAGCCAGAGCUGGAGAUGGCCAAAGCCCAGAACCAACUGGACGCCGUCCUGCAGUGUCUGCUGGAGAAGAGUCACAUGGACAGGGAGCGUCUGGAUGAGGAAGCUGGGAAAACCCCCUCAGGCACCCACAAUAAGGACCGCUCCAUCGCAGCCACUGGCAAAAGGCCUUCUGCCCGCUUCCCCCAUUGGCGGAGGAAGAAGAGGGGAAUGGAUGACGGGCAGGCUGGGGGAGGGCCACAGCGAUCCAGCACCUAUGUGAUUAAGCUGUCGGACCGGAGCGUGGACUUGGCCCACUUCAUUGAGAACACGCCGCUCUACCCGGUCUGCAGUGUCUGGAUGUGAAACAGCGAGCGUGAAUGCUCUCCCAGCUCACCCCUGCCCUCACUCCCUGAGGAUGAGGAGGGUUCAGAGGUCACCAACAGCAAGAAUCGGGAUGUGUACAAGCUGCCGCCACCCACAGCGCCCGGGUCACCCAGAGAUGCCUGCAGAUCCCGCAUCCCAUCUCCGCUGCAGCCUGAGAUGCGGGGCACCCCGGAUGACGAGGCAGAGCCUGAGCCCUCCACACUGAUCUAUCGCAACAAGCAGCGCUGGAAACGCAUCAGCCACAGGUGGAAGGAGGCCUCUCAUUGGAGCCAGCUUCGUUAUUCAGAAAGCCUGAAGAUCCUACGGGAGAUGUAUGAGCGACAGUAAUGUUCCCAGCUCCUGCCCUCCCACCCCAGUAAACGUCUCCCAACUCCA